UUUAUUUGAUAGUGACAUAUAUUGCGUAUGUUGACGUGUUUUCCAUUUUAAAAACGUGAGAGGUUGCUAUUCUUUAUGCCUUUUUUUCUGAGCUUGAAAGUGAAAUACAAGCUACCAUUUCUCUUCUCCUCUCUCUUUUAUUUCCUCCUCCACUGAACAAAUCAAAGCUGUGUACUUUUCUUCCUAGCUAACAUGCCACCUUCAAUGUUUUGGCACACUUAUUGGUUAGCAAUUUGCAUGUUCCUUUCUGGUUGCAUAGUAUCAUGUCAUCAAACAGACAACCUUAAUAUUCUCAAAGAAAAUCCAAACCCAUCUUCAAGAAAUUUCUUGUUUGGAACAGCCUCUUCUUGUUACCAGUUUGAAGGAGCUUAUCUCAGUGAUGGAAAAGGUCUCAACAAUUGGGACGUUUUUACUCAUGAAGCUGGUCAUAUUAAGGAUGGAAGCAAUGGAGAUGUUGCUGAUGAUCACUACAAUCGUUAUUUGGAGGAUGUCAAGCUCAUGGCAGAUAUGGGUGUGAAUAGCUAUCGUUUCUCUAUAUCAUGGGCAAGAAUUCUGCCCAAGGGGAUGUUUGGAGAUGUUAAUAUGGCCGGAAUUGAGCACUAUAAUAAGGUCAUUGAUGCACUCCUACAGAAAGGGAUCCAACCGUUUAUCACGUUAACACAUUAUGACAUACCACAAGAACUUGAGGAAAGAUAUGGUGGUUGGCUAAGUUCACAAAUACAGGAUGAUUUCAGCUACUAUGUAGACAUAUGCUUCAAAUAUUUCGGGGACAGAGUCAAGUAUUGGGCUACCUUGAACGAGCCUAACCUCGUGGCUGAUCGUGGCUAUAGACUAGGAACUUACCCUCCAGCUCGAUGCUCCGGUGUAUUUGGAAAUUGUAGUGCGGGUGAUUCAGAAAGGGAGCCCUUCAUUGCAGCUCACAAUAUGAUCCUAUCUCAUGCAGCUGCUGUCAGCAUUUACCGCACCAGAUAUCAGAGAAGACAAGGAGGCAUGGUUGGAAUUUCUUUGGAUACCCAGUGGUAUGAACCUUAUAGCAAUUCCUCAGAAGACAUAGCUGCAACUGAGAGAGCUCGAGCAUUCUAUGUCAACUGGUUUUUAGACCCUAUUAUACUUGGAAGAUAUCCUACAGAAAUGGUACAAAUUCUGGGAUCUAAUCUGCCAGAGUUCUCAAAGAAUGAUUUGAGCAAGUUGAGUUAUGGCCUAGAUUUCAUUGGCAUCAAUUACUAUACGGCUAGAUAUAUCAAAGACUGCUUAUAUUCCGUGUGUGAACAUGGAAAGACUUGGUCAGAGGGUUCCUAUUUUGUUACUAUGGAAAAAGACGGUGUCUACAUUGGGCCACCUACUGAAGUGGACUGGCUCUAUCUCUAUCCACAAGGGAUGAAGAAAAUUCUGAUGUACAUGAAGGACAGAUUCAAUAAUACUCCAAUGGUUAUCACCGAAAAUGGCAUUGCUGAGAACGAUAAUCUGAAUCCUUCAAUAACGGAUACCUUGAAUGAUAUCCAUAGAGUGAACUAUAUGAAUAGCUACUUAAAUUCACUGGCAAAUGCAAUCAGGGAAGGUGCAAAUGUUAGGGGGUACUUUGUUUGGGCCCUUCUUGACAACUUUGAGUGGCUAGAAGGAUAUCGCCUAAGAUUUGGACUUUACUAUGUCAACUAUACUAAUUUCCAGAGAACUCCAAAAUUAUCAGCCACCAGGUAUAAAGAGCUCAUGUAUAACUUUCAGAUACAGCUUCAAACACAUACUGCCCAGAAAUAGUGGAAGAAGACAAUGCAUAUAUGGAAACUUGUAAAGACGAUUUCCGUUUAGGUCUCUGUUGUUUGAAGGCAGUUUAUUGUGCAAUAAAACUAUAAUUGUUCGGCUUGAUCCCUGCCUUUAUUGUACAAAUUAAACUCGAGCCUAACCCUUGUAUUCACUCCAAUGAAACUGUAAUCAAGUAAACAAGACUUAUUAAUUAUGUAGAAAUAUUCUGUUGAAA